AUUGUAUCCACUGCUAAAUAUAUAUCCUAUCAUAUAUGUACUUAUUUCAUAUCAACUUAACUUAAUGCAAAGUUCUGGCAAUAAAUUGACGCUUAGUUACCAUCUGGUUGGUUAUCGCACAGUAAGCCACAUUUUAGUUCACCUAUCAGUAACAAGUGGCGCUAAUAAUGGUGACAACGAGUAUGUUUGUUGCUGCCACAACGUGGCUUCGCAGUGUAAAUAAACACAUCGUACGAAAAAAAAAUCUUGAAUUAAAUUCAUUUAUUUUAAAUAUUCAAGCUAUUAAAUAAGAAAAAAAGUUCGGAUUGAAAUGCCGUAUUGUGAAGAUUAUAUUAAAAUAAACUAACUAGCCUUAAAUUCCUCGCAUAUUUCAAGAAGAUUGUGAAAAAUGAGGGAAAAAAUUCAACUUGGAUUGGUUAUUAGCUUAGUAACAUUCCUGAGAUGGUGUGUUACGUUCCACGACUACAGUGGCAAAAACAAACCACCUAUGUAUGGAGACUAUGAAGCUCAACGUCAUUGGCAAGAAAUAACGUAUAAUUUGCCGGUCGAUCAAUGGUAUUCUAAUUCUUCUGACAAUGAUCUUCAGUAUUGGGGAUUGGACUAUCCACCGCUAACAGCAUUUCAUAGUUUAAUCCUUGGAAAAAUAGCGAAUACAAUCAAUCCAGACUAUGUUAAAUUACACAAUUCUCGAGGUUACGAGUCUCCAGAUCACAAACAAUUCAUGCGACUGUCUGUUCUAAUUACUGACAUGAUAAUUUACGUCCCAGCAAUAGUAUUCUUAUUUCCAUAUCCUAUUUUUCAGCCAAAAAGCAACCAUGUUAUUAAUAUACUUGGAUUGAAAAGGUCACAUCUUAUGAUGUUAACGACUUUAUUAUAUCCAGGACUUAUACUGGUUGAUCACGGGCAUUUCCAGUAUAAUUCGAUCUCAUUAGGAUUUUUCAUACUAUCUCUAGGACUAAUAAUUAAGAAAUCGUUAGUAUUGGGAUCUUUUUUCUUUGUUCUAGCUUUAAAUUACAAGCAGAUGGAACUAUACCACGCGCUUCCAAUUUUCUUUUUUAUUCUGAAUAAAUGCACCCCUUUCCGUAACAAAUCUAUUUUAUUCUGCUUAAAAACUUUCGUAAGUGUAACUCUAACAGUUCUUACCACGUUUUGCAUUAUUUGGUUACCAUUUUUUGAAGAUAUGAAAUUUAUUGAUGUAUUUACCAGACUGUUUCCGCUUAGUCGUGGAAUUUUCGAAGAUAAGGUCGCUAACGCCUGGUGUACGAUUAAUAUCUUUAUUAAAUUACGUGAACUAUUCUCCCAUGUAGAUUUAGCUAAAAUUUGCUUCUUUACAACCAUAUUAUCCGUGCUACCUUCAGGUAUAGAUCUGUACUUAAACGCAUCGGUCGAAAAAUUUAUAUUAUCAUUAAUCAACACUUCUUUAGGUUUUUACUUAUUUUCAUUUCAAGUUCACGAAAAAACGAUACUGUUAGUAGCUAUUCCAGUUCUUACUUACUUCUAUUACGAUCCACUUCCAUGUUUUUGGUUUUUAAUUGUUUCAAGCUUCAGUUUAGUGCCAUUAUUAAUAAAAGAUGGUUUGUUCAGUGCGUUUAUGAGCUUAAUGAGUUUUUACUUCAUUCUGAAUUUUUGGAUUUGGUUUGAUCAAUUGAAUCUUGUUCCCGAAAAAAGAAAUGAACCAAGAAACAGAAAUCAAUCUAAACUUAAGAAACUUGCAAUGUGGCACAGCAUUAAAUUAAAAAUUAACGUUUUUUGCAUGCAAUUAUUAAAAAAUUAUCGAAUUAUUACAAUAAAAAGAAUUGCUUUUUAUUUAUCGAUACUAGGAAUAAUUGUAUUAUCAUUAGUUACUAAAUUCGUAAGACCCCCUGGUCGAUAUCCAGAUUUGUAUACGCUUCUAAUAUCUGUUUAUUCUUUUUCACAUUUCUUUCUAUUUUUUGUAUAUUUUAAUUUGAAACAAAUAUUGUUAAGUUAAAAUAAUAUUUUUUAA